AUUUAACUUCCGUUACGGUGCACGUCUCGAAGCAGCGCUUUUUCACCUCCCUCAUACUUGAGCCCGUGUGCGUACCCGUUUAAAAGUGGAAAAUCCAGUGUCGUGAUCGGAUUAUAAAUAUUAUUUUUCCCAAAACGUGCAUCGGCCACCAUUCUACCAGCGUGAGGACGGCCCUAAUGGCAGCUGUUAGCAGCAUUAGCCCUAUGACUAAAAUGUAUAGGGCAUGUUUCCACGCAGCUCGGCAAGCGUCUGCCCUGAAGGCGUCAAGGUUGCUUCACCACAGGACCUUCAGAGUCAACGCUGCACUCAGACAGCAACCGUUUGACUCCACACUGGAGAAGCCUCAGUUUCCUGGCGCUUCGGCAGAGUUUGUGGACCAUCUGGAGUUUAUCGAGCCCAACGUCAUCUCGGGCAUCCCAGUAUACCGGGUCAUGGACCGCCAAGGCAACAUCAUCAACCCCUCCCAAGACCCUCAGCUCUCCAAAGAAACGGUUCUGAACUUCUACCAGAAGAUGACACUGUUGAACACAAUGGACCGCAUUCUUUAUGAAUCUCAAAGACAGGGCAGGAUUUCUUUCUACAUGACCAACUAUGGCGAGGAGGGCACACACAUUGGCAGCGCCGCCGCUCUGGAUCCGACCGACAUGGUCUUUGGACAAUACAGAGAAGCCGGGGUGCUGAUGUAUCGCGGCUUCCCCCUGGACUCCUUCAUGGCUCAGUGCUACGCCAACGUCGACGACCUGGGCAAAGGCCGCCAGAUGCCAGUCCACUACGGCUCACGGGACCUCAACUUUGUCACCAUCUCGUCGCCGUUGGCCACGCAGAUCCCGCAAGCGGUGGGAGCCGCGUACGCCUUCAAGCGGGAGAACACCAACCGAGCUGUGAUUUGCUACUUCGGCGAGGGGGCGGCCAGCGAGGGUGACGCCCACGCCGGCUUUAACUUCUCGGCCACGCUGGAGUGCCCCAUCAUCUUCUUUUGCCGUAACAAUGGCUACGCCAUCUCCACCCCCACCAAUGAGCAGUAUCGUGGCGACGGCAUCGCUGCUCGCGGGCCGGGCUACGGCAUGCUGUCAAUCCGCGUGGACGGGAACGACGUUUUUGCCGUGUACAACGCCACCAAGGAGGCUCGGCGCAGAGCCGUCGCCGAGAACCAGCCCUUCCUCAUUGAGGCCAUGACGUACAGGAUCGGCCACCACAGCACCAGCGACGACAGCUCGGCGUACCGCUCGGUGGACGAAGUCAACUAUUGGGACAAGCAGGACCACCCCAUCUCACGCCUUCGCCACUACAUGGCGACCAGGAGCUGGUGGAGCGAGGAGGACGAACGCGCCUGGCGCAAGCAGUCGCGCAAGACCGUCAUGGAGGUGUUCGAACGGGCCGAGAAGCGUUUGAAACCGAACCCGGAGCUGCUCUUCACCGACGUCUACGAAGAAAUGACGCCCGCCCUCAACAAGCAGCGAGACUCGCUCAUGCGGCACAUGCAGCAGUACAAGGAGCAUUACCCUCUCGACCUCUACGACAAAGACUCGGGCUGAAGACAUUUUACUAGUGGGGUUCUCAAACUUGGGUCUCAGAAAUUAUUUGCAAUAAAUUGUCAUGUCAAA